AUGGCGAGCACACUAGGGACCUUUCUCUAUGUCGCGCUCCUCCUCGUCAACGCCAUUGCCAUUCUCAAUGAGGAGCGCUUCCUUGCGAGAGUGGGUUGGUCCACGUCGCAGCUCAGCCAGAGGGGAUUUAACGGAUUUUCUGCGCCGGGUGGCGAACCAGGGAUCAAAGAGAGGCUUAUAAACCUCAUUGGUGCCGUGCGCAUGCUCUUGAGGAUCCCACUCAUCGUUUUCAACAUCGUUAUCAUCAUCUACGAGCUCAUUUAG